AAUCUCUUUAGUGCUUUUGGCAGCUAAGAUAAUAAAAGCAAUCCCUGAAAAAAAACAAAAAUGGUGAAAAUGGAUCAGUAUCUGAGUAUCUCCAUCUCAUUAAGCAAGCGGAUGGUUGCUUUCCUCUGCUUUUGCAUAAUAAAUUAGGAGUCAGAUUUAGGUAAGCAACCGCUCGCCAUUUAUAAUCCAUUUGAGACUUCGAGAGUGAAAGCACAAUCGAUACACAGAGCAGAUCGAGAAGAGAAAAGAGAAACGAUGUCGGAUUGGGGACCGGUGUUUGUUGCAGUUGUGCUAUUUAUACUAUUAACACCAGGUUUGCUGAUUCAGAUACCGGGUCGACACCGGUUCAUUGAGUUUGGCAAUUUUCAAACGAGUGGAGUUUCUAUACUGGUUCAUUCCAUCCUCUAUUUUGCUCUCAUCUGCAUCUUUUUGUUAGCUGUUGGAGUUCAUAUGUAUCUGGGGUAAUAGUUAUUAUAAUCAUCUUUAAUUUGAACUUUGAUUUUGUGUAUCUAUGUGCUAUGUGUUUUUGGAAGUCAAUUUCUUGUGUGGCAAAAAUGGAGGCUUGGGCUUUUACUGUAAAAUGCUCUUGCAGAAUCAAAUUUAGGUCUUUUGGAGUUUGGAAUUCCAUCAUUUUUUCUGGUUUUAUCAUUUUAUGUACUGAAUUAAUUAAUUUUAUGGUUUUCACUUUUCAAUUUGUGAUUGUAAUUGACAAAUCAAAAGGUUAUUUAGAUUUUUGACUUGUUUGGCCUA